GGCACAGCCCCCAGUUAUCGCCCCCCACCCCAAAUCGAUAGCUCUCCGUCUUGAGGAAAGAAGAAAAAAAAACUCGAAAGUUAGGUCCCGGAAUUCUCACCCAAAUCGAGCAUGACGGCGGACGGGAGGUCACCUAGGGCAGCGGUUUCCGGUGAGGAGCAUCUGAGGUCGUGCCGGCAUGGUCGGAUUGGGAAGCAGGCGGAAAGGAAGACGAAGAAGGCGUUAGCAGGCGAUGCGAAGAAGGCGAGCGCGGCUGGGAUCGGCUGCUCUGAGUUGAAGCUGGGAUCUGCGCAGAUCGCUCCGGAGAGGAAGAAGAGGAAGACGCGGCUACCGCAGGAGGAGGUCGAUCAGAUCCUUUCCCGGGGGGCGGUCCGCACUCGCCGCGCCCCUCGUGCUUUCGAGGCCCUCCGGCGCCAGAACCCGAGCCUGACGCCGUCGCCGGAGGAGGAGAAGGACGAGUCCAAGGUGGCCAUGUACACCGCCGUCCGUGCCUACUACGAAUCUCGGGAGAGCGGAUUCCAGGCCUGGGUCGGAGGCCAGGUUGAGGAGCUUGGCUAUGUCGAGGUAGAUGAUGAAGCGGUCGCUCUCAGGGACGAUCUCAGAGCAUGGAGCAAGAAGGCACGGAAGGAGGCGUUCGAACGCAUCGGGUUUCCCGAUUCCGACAACUAGAGAUCGAUCGAUGCUUUGUGAUCGAUCGGUAGCUAUAGUUCAUCCAUGUCUCUGCUGUCUCAUGAACGCCUUGUGUCUAUUGUAAUUUGACAAACAUUGAUCUGCUGUAUUAAUGAAAUUAUUAUUAUUCAGAUCCUUUGAUGAA